UAUUAACUUACCUGACCACACCAUGUAGUUUCUAGCAUAAUAAUAUAACAGUAGUUCUGUCUUCUCUUGAUCUCCUCAGACGGCAGUUCAUAACAAAACUCCUAAUUUAAAAUUUGUUAAUUGGAUUCCAGGUUUGCAUACCGAUCCCGGGAUGGAUUUCUUCCAUUCAAGAGAGAAGAGACAUGGCAAAAGAGCAGGAUUGUUUGGUCACAAAAGUGCGAGCAAGAGCAACCCGUCCAGCCCUCCUCAUCUUGCUGAGGCUCGGUCUCUGCCGACAACUCAUUUCGGUAUGAAAAGAUCAGAAUCAGAGCACGCGUUUCCCAUAUCCGAUGAACAAACCACUCACUGGAAACAACAGCGAGCCUCUGAACGCAUUCCAAAUUCCCACCAACGGCCUCCAGUCUACCGAUAUAGCACGCCCGAGCGUCCUAGAGAGCCUGAUGAGGAUGUGACCCCAAGGAGCAAUGGUUCUGGGAGCCCUUUUCGAUCUGCCAGAACCCGCACACCUGAUCGCCGUAGGAGGUCUAGCGAGUUAAGCAAAGAGCUGUACGAGAGAAUGUAUGAGGCAGAGGCCAAUGUGAGCCCAUUUCACCCCUCUAGAAGCCGCUCUCCAGCUCCCUACAACACCCAUGACCGUGGAAGAGACUACAGUAGAGAAAGAUAUGAAGCUAAGGACAAUGUAACUUCGCGGAACAGCGCUCCGUCGAGCCCAUUUCAUCCAUCCAGAAGCCGCUCUCCACCGCAACACGCAAGGUUGCAGACUCAGAGAUACAACAACGGAAAAGAUCAUUUCGAGGGGAUGUACGAGGCAGAUGCCGAUAUCACACCGCGUAACAGCCCUCCCAUGAGUCCUGUUCAUCAUACCACGAGAUACUCUCCACCACCGCCGUUCUACUCAUCCAGCGACGACGAAGACGACAAUAAUUCAACCUAUCUUUUUCCAGAAAUUGCAACAGGACGUCGUUCCAGGGGAGUCUCAGGGAGCAGCACGCCGGUUCACUACAAGUAUCAGAUCACAUCGGUAGAGACUUACGAGCAAGACAGGCAAUUCGAGCCGCCGGAGUUGCCGGACGAGUCUGAGAGCUUCACGAUGCACGAGAUCGCCAAAAUGCGCGGACUUCAAAGCUACAACAAGGAAGAGAUACAGUUGGCGAUAUCCGAGACUUACGUCUCCGUCGCCAAUUACAAGGUGCGGAUGAGCGUCGCCGCCACGCUCGAGGCGAUUAUUGACAAACACGGUGACAUCGCCGCCUCGUCGAAGUUGCAAUCUACCUCAACGAGGUCGUUUUAUCUCGAAUCCCUAGCCGCGGCAAUGAUGGAACUGAAAUCGACGGCGUUGAGAGAUCUGACGAAGACGCGGGUGGCGGAGAUCGCAGCGGUCGUGAAAGACAUGGAUUCGGUGAGAAUCGACGUAUCGUGGCUCAAAACAGCCGUCACGGAGCUAGCGGAGGCGGUGGAGUACUACGGGAAGUACGACACGGCGAAAAUCGUGAGAGAGGAGUGCGAUAGGGAAAUGACGGAGGGGAAAGAAGAGAUGGAGGAGCUAAGGGAGGAGCUGCGGCGGAGAGAGAAGGAAACGAAGGAAUGUAGAGAGAGAGUGACGGCGAUGGCGGGAAGACUGGGGCAGCUGGAGAUGAAGGAAGUGAGAGUAAAGAAGAAUCUGAAGCUGUGUGAGAGCAAGGUCCUUAAAUUCGACGGUCAUUCUGUUCUUGUUGACUGAACCGACCUCUUUCACUUCUGUUUAGUGGAGUAAACCAACCAAAGAAUGAGAAAUUGAUUUCUUUUCCCCACCCAUAACUAUUCGGAUCUAACCUGAAAUUGAUUUCUCUUUCUCUACUUUGAAAUCGUUCUCUUCGACU